AUGUCCUCCACGAAGCCUCGCAUUGGCUUUGCCGGCCUGGGUGCCAUGGGAGGCGGCAUGGCGAAGAAUCUGGUCAAGGAAGGCUUUGAAGUCACUGGAUUCGAUGUCUAUCAGCCCCUCGUAGAUAGCUUCGUUGAGGCUGGAGGCAAGCCGGCAAAGACUCCCAAAGAGGCGGCCCAAAAUGCAGACUUUUUCGUAUCCAUGGUGGCAAAUUCAGCUCAGAACUCCAGCUUGCUUUUUGAGGGCGAUGAUUGUGUAAUCAAAGGUCUUGGUCAGGGCAAGACUUUCAUACUUUGCUCCACUACUCCACCAGACUUCUUGCAUGAGCUUCGCAAAAGACUAGAUGAAGAGUUCAACCGACCAGAUGUAAAGCUUCUCGAUUGUCCGGUCUCGGGCGGCACCAUUAGAGCUGCAAAUGGCACUUUGUCGAUAUUCGAAUCCGGACCUGAGGAGCACCUUGACGAGGCCAGGGAAGUGCUUCAGGCCAUGUCAGGCAAUCUGUACCGCAUGGGGGGCAUCAGCGCCGGUACCAAGACGAAGACCGUUCAUCAACUUCUGGCCGCGACCAACAUCAUUUCCGCCUCCGAAGCAUUGGGCUUGGCCGCCACAGUCGGACUCAACACCCAUACAGUGACCGACCAUGUCAACCAGUCCAAUGGUGCAAGCUUUAUGUUCGAGAACCGGGCACCGCACAUGUUAAAAACCGACUGGCAUCCGUAUAGCGCGUUAGCGAUCAUCCAGAAAGACUGCUUGAUCGUGACAGAUACAGCAAGGAAGGCACAUUUCCCGGUUCCAGUGGUGACAACAGCGGAACAGUUAUAUCUUCAAGGAGAGAAGGCCGGCCUUCUGAAAGUCGACGACGCUGCACUCGUACAGCUUUAUCUACCGAAGUCUCAACCUGAUCUUGUCGGUCAAAUGGCUACAGCCGAUGUCAACAUGACUAAAUCGCAUCAGGUCAGUAAAGAGACCAUCGCAGAUCUCCUGGCUGGCAUUCAUCUUGCGGCUUCUGUCGAGGGCAUGGCGUUCUGCAAGAAACUUGGCAUGGAUCGCAGAACCAUGUACGAGAUCAUCAGUAAAGCUGCCGGCUGGAAUGCAAUGUUUACCAAGAACAUCCCUGCUAUGCUCGAGAAGGAUAGCUGGACGCUGGCUGAUUGUCCCGAAGCCAAGGACGUUGGCUCGAAGCUCUCGGAUGCCGUCGACAAGUGCAAAUUGAUCCAGUAUCCGUGUCCAAUGGCGUCCAUCGCACUUCAGCAGUACUUCUUCGCUGGCCUGAUCGAUAAAACUAUUUCAGAUCAAAGUCGAGGAAGCCGAUCGUAG